AUGCCCCUGUGCCCUUCCCGAUGGAGGCUAAGUAGGUUGGCGGCGGGAUGGUUGGAAUGCUAUGGCCAGGAGGUCUGGAAGCCAUGCGGCUGCCGCGAAAGGGAUGCGGUGACGAGAUGUAGUGCAUUACCGCUCGGCUCAGGAAUUCAGAGGAGGCCCUGGCAGGCCAGUCAACGGAUGCGUGGCAGGGGGCCGACAUGGGAACUCGCACACGUCUUAGUCCAACGACAAGCUCUGUCUGUGCAUCUCAACCAACAGGAAUGGAACUCCUUCUCCCCCAAAGAUGGCCUGCAGGACAUUAAAUGCAAGUCAAACAAGUCCGUGACCCGGAGCGCGCCUCUCUACUGCCGUAUAUUGAAGCUGUGUACUCCCAGAGACGCAGACGCAGACGCGGACGCAGUAGGCAAUCCAAAUCUUGAGGCUCACGUGGUCGGAAGAGGGUAUCGGAUCGGACGUAUAAGGGGCGGAUUCUUUCGACGGAGGCGGGCAACAAUAUUGGCCAGAUCGGCCGACCAAUCCGGGCAGCGACGACACGGCUGCAGGGACAAGCCAGCGCCCACGGCGACUGAGAAGGGUUGUAUUAGUCAGGCCAGCCCACAGCUUUUCAAUAUGAUGCUUCAUGCCGUAUGGAAGGCCAGGCCAGCGAAGAGACAAGCCCAAAAAGCCUUCAGGGCGAGCGACAUAGAGAGAAGACAGCGCAAAAUUUUUGGCACAUUGCGGCUUAUUCCGUAUGUCCGCGUCGCCCGUUCCUUCGGAGGUUUCAUUUCGGCAGAGACAGGGCACCGGGCUGCAGACUGGAUGCCGGGACGGAAGAGGGUCACCGCUGGUGUGUGA